AUGGAGUCAUCAACUCAGGUUAAAAAAAAAAGCCAGGAUGUCACUGUACAACCAAGGGAAACUGUAUUGACUGGCUUUCCUUACAGACCUCAUAGCUCUCUGCUGGAUUUCCUAAAGGGAGAGCCACAAGUCUUGGGGGCUGUCCAGAUUCUGCUUGCUCUGAUCAUUGCCGGCCUGGGAACUAUAAUCACAUUUAACUUUGUCCGAUUCUCCCAAAGAUUUCCCCUCGUUUUCCUCACAGGGUAUCCAUUCUGGGGAGCACUCAUCUUUAUUCUGGCAGGAUACUUCACAGGAAUCAAGGAGAAACCACAACAGCAUCAUAGACAAAGUGCCAUGACCAUGAAUGUGCUCAGUUCCUUGGUCGCGAUAGCUGGGAUUACUCUCACGAUUAUCAGCUUUAAAGAUCGCCACAAAUUCUGCCAGAUGCCAUCGCUUGAAGGAAUAUGUGUUAUAGGUAGAACACUUUUGACUGGAAUUCUGUCAAUCCUACUGAUCGCCAGCAUAGUAGAGUUCAGCAUUUCUGUGACCAUCACAACCUUUAGAAACAAGUGUUGGACAAAGUCUGAUGAGAUUGUGUUUUUCUUGCCUUCGGAUGCUACUCAAAAUAAUCAGCUACCUUCCCAAGAAGCAAACACCAGAUUACAAUUUGAACUUCAAGAAGAGUCUUCCAGUAAUGACACUGCAACAACAACCCCACAUGCUUUUUUCUUUGGAGGCUAUGCUUUCUUCAAGUUAAGAGUCUCUGGAAGUCCAUUAGCCUCUCUACCCAAACCACAACCAGAGAGCAAAGGUAGUGAAAUUGACAACACACCUCCUGUACUUGUACCAGAUGAACACCAAGAAAACGCAUCGCCACCUCUGCCUCCCAUAUUAGAGAAAAAGUCAUUGGAAAAUAAUAUGCAAAGUCAACCAUGCUGUACAACUGAACAUCUGGAAGCUGAAGACCUACAGCCUGCUAUGGUACAAACCCCUAAAAUGCAAAUUCGAUUGCUUCAGGCCCAAACUUUGCCACUACAAGUUUUUCCACCCCUUUCUGUACAGUCUUAUUUCCCAAAACUCCAUGCUUUACAACUCCAAGACUUGCCAUCCUAUGCCCUGCCAUCUCAAUUUCUAGAAUCCCAAGCCCUAAAAAGUAAAGGGCCCCUUGUCCCUUCUAAAGUUUUGUUUAUCCAAGAUAUGCCAGUCCAUCACCUACCAGUUCGAAUCCAUGAAUCCCAAGCCCAAGUAACUGAAGGACCCCUGGUUCCCACUAUGCAAGUUUUGUUUUCCAAAGAUUUGUCAUCCCAUGCUUUGCCAUAUCAAGUCCCAAAAUACCAAGCUCUGGUAACUGAAGGGCCCCUUGUUUCCACAACCCAAGUUUUGCUUUUCCAAGACUUACCAUCUUAUACCCUGAAUUAUCGAGUCUCAGAAAGUCACAUGUUAAAAAAAGAAGGGCCUCUUGUCCCUACAGCACAAGUUUUGUUUUUCAAAGACUGGCCAUGCCAUUCACUGUCAAUUCAAGUACAAGAAGCCCAAGCCAAAGUAGUUGAAGGGCCCCUUGUCCCUACAGCACAAGCUUUGUUUUUUAAAGACUGGCCAUCUCAUUCCCUGCCAGUUCGACUCCAAGAAGCCCAAGCCAAGGUAUUUGAAGGGCCCCUUGUCCCUACAGCACAAGCUUUGUUUUUCAAAGAUAUACUAUCCCAAAGACUACCAGUACAAGCCUUGCUAUACCGAGGCCCAACAUUUCAUGUCGUAGAGUCCCAUGUCCUAGUAUCCCAAUAUAUGCCAUCCCAAAACAUGUCAACUGAAGACUCCACACCCCAAUAUACACUAUCUCAAGACACGCUAUCCCAAAAUACAUCAUCAAAAGACACAACAUCCCAAGAGCUUUCAGUGAAAGCCCCAACAUCUCAAGAUGCACAGUCUCCAGAUCAGCAAAUCAAAGACUUUGUAUAUCAAGACAUUAAGUCAGAAGUCAUGUUACUCUCUCAAGAGUGGAAAUCCAAUAAGAAGCUCCAUAGCAAGAAAUCUUCAAAGCGGCAUUCCUUAGAACAAAGCAAAGACUUGCAAUCCCCAAAACGGAGAUCACUAGAUGAGCAACACCAGAAAUCCCCAAAACGGAAAUCCAUAGACCAGGAAAGCCAAGGCCAGAAAUCCCCAAGGCGGAAAUCUAUAGACCAGCAAAUCAAAGACUGGUUAUUCCCAAAGCAGAAAUCCCUAGACCAGCAAAGCAAAAGCUGGCAGUCCUCAAAGAAGGAAUCCCCAAGCUUGCAACAACAUCCAGAUCAGCAAGCUGAAGCCCAGCAGGCCCCAAAAGAGCAAUCCGCAAAGCAACAAUCCCAAAGUGAAAAAGGUAAACAUCAGCAACCCCCAAAGGUACAAGAUAAAGUUCACCAAACUGAUGAGGAACAGUCCCCAAAAGAGAGACCCAAAAAUGUACAAGCGAAAGAACAGAAAGCUCAAGAGAAGAAAGUGCCAAAGAAUCUAUGCAAUGAUUGGAAAUUACAAAUCCAUGAAUCCGAAGACUGGCAACCCCAACAUGUGCAGUCUUUACACCUGAAAACUCCAGGAUGGCAACCUUUUCACCAGCAAUCACAAGACGGGGUAACUCAAGCCUGGAGAAAGAAAGAUUGGAAUGCACAGGAAUGGCAAUUUGAAAUGCAGAAUUCCCUAAAUUGGCGAUCCCAAAAUCUAUCAGAGAAAGAAGCUCUAAGGCAGAGAGCUUUAUACCAAGAAGCCCAAAUCCAGCACAACAUGGCCAGACUCAACCUAGAUCAACAAUUACAAGAAGGUCUAAUUCAAAACAGUCAGUGGCAAAAUAAGCUCCACCAAGACAUUCAAUCCAGAGUUACACAAAAAGAUACACAAGUAGACAGUGCACAAACAAGAGAGAUCAAACCAGGUUACGUGGAACCUAAAGGUCAAAAAUCAAAGGACUUGCAAUCAGAAAACAUGAAGCCAAAUGUAUCUUCCUCAUGCCAAAGUGCAGAACGUGAUCUGGAUGUAUCAUAUUUAUCCAGCUCAGAGCAAGAUGUGGACCAAAACCCUUCAGUAUGCUCAACUUUCUGCAAAGAUGAUCUAGAUUUAGCUUCUACCUCAUGUUGCCUAAAAGAUCAACAAUCAGAAGACUCUGACUAA